CGCAGAUCUCGGAUGGCCUGCCGAGGACCUCGUACACCAAGGCGGUUGAUGUCUGGUGCUUCUUCGCGAUUACAUUCAUAUUUCUCGCAGGUGAUAUUCCACGUGGCCAUCGACGUCGAGAUGAGCUGGCCUCGACGCGUGCGCGCUUCGCCGAGGGUCAAGGAGAUCGACCUCGCCAACAAGCCUCGACGUCGCUUCCCUGCUCUCGUCGUCGCUCGAAUCGUCUACGCCCUCCUGCUGGUGUUCUUCUGCUUGAUCUACUGGGCCGUGGUUCUCGUCGAUAAGAACCGGGGCGAGAUGGAGCACGAAUUUUGAACUACGAUAGAAAAAAGAUAGAAAGACAGAGUAGCGUAGAAGGUAUUUUUUUUGUGUAUUAGAAAAAUCUGGUUUUAAAACACGCACAGAAAGAUAUCGUGUCUUUAAGAAAAUGAAUGUUAUAAGAACAAACAGAAUAAUGGAUAUUUUUAUGGUCUUUUAGAAUAUUGACGUGUUAAAUCAUAUACUCAAUGAUGCUGUUUAGAUGUUUGUAUACUGGCACGGUGCCAUUGUAAUUUUUAAGGGUGCCACAUGUCUCGA